AAGUGCGCCCUCACCGAAUCCCCCUCUAUAGGGAGGACGCAUUUGCCACGUGGAGUACUUGCCCCAUCAUCUAGUCCCACGUGGCAAGUGCGGGGGUGGCGACGCCGAGGUGGCGAUGGGAGCGGGAUGGCAACGCCCAGGUGGCGACGCCAUGUGGCGUACUUGCCACGUGGCGAUGGGAGAGGGAUAGCAACGCCGAGAUGGCAACACCGAGGUGGCGACGCCACGUGGCGAUGGGAGCGGGAUGGCAACGCCGAGGUGGCGAUGGGAUCGGGAUCGGGAGCGGGAAGUGAAGGUGGCCACGGGCGCGGGAUCGGGAUCAGAAAGCGGAGGUGGCGAUGGGUACCACACUUUGCACGUGCCAAACAUCGCACGUGGUGCACGUGCCACGUGGCACACUUUCCGCAUCGCCAUGUGGCGUACUUGCCCCAUCAUCUAGUCCCACGUGGCAACUACGGAGGUGGCGACGCCGAGGUGGCGACGGGAGCAGGAUGGCGACGCCGAGAUGGCGACGCCAUGCUUGCCUCAUCAUCCAGUCCCACGGGCAAGUGCGAAGGUGGCGACGCCGAGGUGGCGACGGGAGCGGCAAGUACACCACGUGGCAAGUGCGGCCUCACCAUAUAGUCCCACGUGGCAAGUGCUAAGGUGGCGACGGGAGCGGCAAGUACGCCACGU